AAAUGGCUCAUUGCCCGCCGCAUGAUAUAAAUCAAGAACCCCUCCCCAUUCAUUUCACCAUCCGCAAAAACAGGUACGGGCAAAAGCGAUGGACCGAAACGGAGCACACAAGAGAUCCCCACCCCAAUCCCCGCCACCGCCAGCAUACGCCGGCGAUCUUCCGCUCGGCUUAACCGCGGAUGAAUACAUCGCACUCCAGCCGACGAUAGAAGCCCACCACCAGUAUCAGGUUGGCCCCGGUCAAUGCUCCUCCCUCAUGGCGCAGCAAAUCCAAGCCCCGGCGUCCACGGUUUGGUCGGUGGUUCGCCGCUUCGAUCUUCCCCAAACACACAAACACUUCAUCCGCAGCUGCGCCAUCAAAGGAGGCGGGGAUGUUCAAGUCGGCUGCCUCCGCGAAGUCAGCGUCAUCUCUGGUCUUCCGGGGAGUAGAAGCAUAGAGCGCCUCGACAUCCUCGACGAAGAGCAGAGGGUGACCGGAUUCAGCAUCAUCGGCGGUGAGCAUCGACUAAGAAAUUACAGAUCGGUCAGGACGGUGACGAAGUUUGGAGGCUCGGAUCAGGAAGAAGAAGGAUGCGAUGAGUGGACGGUGGUGCUCGAGUCAUACAUCGUCGAUGUGCCGGAAGGGAAUACGGAAGACGACACAAGGCUUUUCGCCGAUACGGUUGUCCGGCUUAAUUUACAGAAACUCGCUUCUGUAUCGGAAUCUCGGGGGGCGGCGGCGGCAGGGAUGCCGGAGAAGGGGAAAUGAGACGGCGAGACCUGAGAUGGAUUCAAGUUUGGGAGUUUACCCUCAGGGAUUGGAGAGAAUUAUCCCUGUUUUUUUUAUUUCUUUGUUUCAUUUUAUUUCGCCUCCUUUUUUUUUUAAUAUUCAUUUCA